AUGAUGGACGGCGAUACAGAGCGAAAGCUCGCUCGCACGCUACUGAUGGAGUUGAUGGUGUAUCAGUUUGCCUCUCCUGUGCGAUGGAUCGAAACCCAAGAUGUGAUUUUGUCUCACACCGAAAGCGAACGCAUCAUUGAGGUCGGUCCUAGUGCAACGUUGCUGGGUAUGUUUCGAAAAACCAUCGAUACCAUCUAUCCGACGCAAGAAUGCACUUUGCCAGCUCCGCGACAGCUCCUUCAUUCCGAAAAAGAUACCGACGAUAUCUACUACAGUGGAAAACCAGAUCAGAUUGAGCCAGUGCAGACCCAACCGCAGACACAAGCACAAGCACAAACGCAGUAUCUCCCGCCAACACCGGAUGUAUCAAGCCCAGCGGUCACUGUGGAGGUGACAACCACGGCUCUUCCCGCACCAAGGGUGCAGGUCGAAGUUGUGAGCAUCGAGGAUCAAAGCAUACAAGCUCAGGAUAUCGUUUUCGCUAUUGUCGCCAGAGCAUUGAAGCGAGCCGCCUCCGAAAUUGACGGUAACAAGUCCAUCAAGGCUUUAUCCGAGGGCAGAUCAACCUUGGAAAAUGAAAUCAUCGGCGAUUUACAUAGCGAAUUUGGCACGUUGCCCGAUCGAACCGAGGACCUCCCUCUCGGCCAGGUUGGACCUGAAAUUCAAUCCAGCCACAAGGGUGCCCUUGGCAAGGUCACAACCGCCAUGAUUAACAACCUAUUUACUACCAAAAUGCCGAGUAAUUUUACUGCGGCCACCGCUCGAGAGCAGUUGGGCACCCAGUGGGGACUCCAAUCGGGUCGCCAAGAUGCCUGCCUCUUGUGUGCAGUCACUUUGCAGCCCACAAGCCGAAUCACCACUGAAUCUGAAGCCCGUGACUUCAUCUCCAGCGCUGCUCAGACAUAUGCCAAACGGGAAGGACUUACUCUGCUCCCACCCAACGCAUCAGAUGUCGUCGGUACAGGCAGCGGGGUCAUGAUGGAUCCAGAAGCACUCCGAGCCGUGACCGAGUCUCAAGAAACCUUGUCGAAACGCUUGCUGGCACUUUAUGCUGGACAAUUAGGGCUAGAUCUGGAGGCGGACCGGCAGGCGCUGGACCACUUACGCGAAGAAGUCGUUACCGGACUACAUGCCGACCUCGAUCUCUGGCAUGCAGAGCACGGCUCGGACUAUGCCAACGGUAUUCGGCCACGAUUUGAUGCUAAAAAAAUCCGCAGUUAUGAUUCGGCUUGGAACUGGGCACGGCAGAGUUUAUUGGAGCUCUUUGAGUACACUUCAAGUAUCACAGAUCACAGUACGCUAGAUCACGAUGCGUUGAUAAAGAGGUGUUACCAUAUCGCCAACGCCGCCGACGAGACCAUUCUGCCGAUGUUGGAUGAGAUUAUUUUCCGGCUGCAAGAUCGUGAUCUGCCACAAUCUAUCUUUCACACGCUGAAAAGCGAUUGCACAGAUAACUUGCUGUCGGGACCGGUAUUCAAAGGCGCUCCCCGGCAGCUGGCGCCAUUCACAACCAUCGACAACCAGGGGAACCUUCAGUACAAGGAACAUCCUCGGAAAAAUUCGUCACGCUUUGCCAAUCUUUCCCUUCCCAGGUCGGGGCUUGUCCAAAACCCACUGCUGAACACCGAACCAUAUCUCCAUCUGAAAGAGCGAAAGGCUUCUGGAUGGGAAUACUCCGAGGACCUAACUCGUCAUCUUUACCAGGUCUUCCAUAAUGUAGAGACACAAGGUGACUCUCUCAGUGGCCAAACCGUAUUGAUCACAGGUGCUGGAAUCGGGUCCAUCGGAGCUGCGAUGAUUGUGAAUCUUCUGAAAGGGGGAGCUCGAGUGCUUGUCACGACUUCAUCCAUGUCCCCGGAGGUGGCGGCAAAAUAUCAAGCCUUGUAUAUGGAGCAUGGAUCCCGCGGUUCACAACUUGUUGUUGUACCGUUCAACCAGGGAAGUUCCCAGGACAUUGCUACCUUGGUACAACAUGUGUACGAUGAGAAGAACGGGCUCGGGUGGGACUUGGACUAUCUUAUCCCUUUUGCGGCUAUCAGUGAGGCUGGCCGGACCUUGGACUCAAUUGACUCCAAGUCGGAGCUGGCACAUCGCAUCAUGCUAACCAACUUGUUGCGAUUGCUGGGAAUUGUGAAGACCUACAAGGAAACCCACGGCCAUCGCACGCAUCCCACACAGGUGUUGUUACCGCUGUCCCCCAACCACGGCACGUUUGGAGGAGAUGGUCUCUAUAGUGAAUCGAAGGUGGCUUUGGAAACCCUCUUUAACCGUUGGCAUUCAGAGAAUUGGCAGGAUUACCUCUCCAUCUGCGGAGCGGUUAUCGGCUGGACUCGCGGCACGGGACUGAUGAACCAAAAUGAUCUCGUAGCCGAAGGGAUUGAAAAGGCUGGUAUGCGCACCUUCUCUCAGGAGGAGAUGGCUUAUGCCCUGGUUUGCUUGUGCGUUGGGCCUAUGUACGAGCUCUGUCAGGAGGCUCCGGUCUAUGCUGAUCUGACAGGUGGCAUGGCCCAGGUCUCCAACUUGCCAGAAGCCUUAGGCGAGCUACGACGUGAGAUGAAGGAGCGCAGUGAGAUCCAAGCUGCUUUAUUCCAGGAAGAUACCAUCGAGUCUGGCUGGUCGAACCUGAGAGAGCUAGGUACAUCUGUGCUUGAGUUAGAAGAGAGAGCCCACGUCCGGCUAGACUUCCCUAAGAUCCUCGACUAUGAUCGUGACAUCGCCUCCCUUGGUGAAGACCUGCAGGGGAUGGUGGACCUGCACCGAACGGUUGUCAUCACCGGUUUUGCCGAACUAGGACCACAUGGCAAUUCCCGGACACGAUGGGAAAUGGAAGCGAACGGGCAAUUUUCGCUGGAGGGAGCCAUCGAAAUGGCGUGGCUAAUGGGCUUCAUUCGUCACUUCUCCGGGACUAUUGAUGGCCAACCGUACUCCGGCUGGGUUGACACCAAAACCAAACAGCCGGUGGCUGACACCGCGGUCAGGCCAACCUACGAAGAGAAGAUCCUGGCCCAUUCUGGCAUUCGCUUCAUUGAGCCUGAGCUCUGUGACGGGUAUGACCCUAAUAAAAAGCAAUUCCUCCAUGAAAUUGUUUUACAGGCGGAUCUCGAAGCUCUUUGCGUGCCUGAGUCGCUCGCUGAGCAAAUGCGUCGAGAACAUGGCGCCUUCAUAACGGUGCAGAAGUCAUCAACUCCCGACCUGUAUCAGGUGCAGCUGCAUAAGGGAGCCCGGCUGUUCGUUCCACGUGCCAUGCAAUUUGACCGUACUGUUGCCGGCCUAAUCCCUACCGGCUGGGACCCUCGAACCUACGGGUUGCCUGACCAAAUAAUCUCUGAGGUGGACCGAUUAACAUUGUAUACGCUCGUUUGCACGGUGGAGGCAUUGCUCUCAUCCGGCAUCACCGACCCAUAUGAGCUCUACCAGUAUAUCCACGUCUCCGAGGUGGGCAAUUGCAUCGGCUCUGGCAUGGGAGGUAGUACCUCUCUAGGCAAGAUGUUCAAUCACCGAUUUACCGGGCGGGAGGUUCAGAGUGAUAUCCUGCAAGAGACUUUUGUCAACACGGUUAGUGCCUGGGUUAAUAUGCUUCUGCUAUCGGCUAGCGGCCCCAUACGAACACCUGUUGGGGCCUGCGCAACAGCUGUCGAGUCUAUGGAGCUUGGUUAUGACACAAUUGUGACUGGGAAAGCCAAGUUCUGCUUGGUGGGAGGAUGUGAUGAUUUCACCUCGGAGACCUCAUAUGAGUUUGCUAGUAUGAAGGCGACCACUAAUUCACUUGACGAAACCGCCCGAGGGCGAGCACCCAGUGAGAUGUCGCGACCAACCACCACUACCCGCAAUGGGUUUAUGGAAUCGCAGGGUUGUGGGCUGCAAGUCCUAACUACUGCGGAUUUGGCGCUGAAGAUGGGGCUUCCAAUCCGCGGUAUCGUUGCUUUUGUCAGCACCUCCAGUGAUAAGGCUAGUCGCUCGGUCCCAGCUCCUGGGCAGGGCGUGCUUGUCAAUGCUAGACGCACAACGUCGGCUUCAAAUAUCCCUUCUCCAUUGCUGAAGGUAGCCAAUCGUCGACGCCGCCUCGAGUUCCGACGCAGGCAGAUCGCCGAGGCCCGAGUGGUGGCCCUUGAACAGCUAGACUUCGAAGUCGACACCGUACUAGAGCAGGACCCGGACUUGGACGUGGCUGCAUAUCGCAAGGAACGCCACGAGCAGAUCCUGAUUGAUUUCCUCCAAGAGGAGCGAGAUGCUCAGUAUUCACUGGGCAAUGAAUUUUGGCGCCACGACUCAUCAAUCGCGCCACUCACUGGGUCUCUCGCGACCUGGGGUCUGACCAUCGACGACCUACAGGUCGCUUCGUUCCAUGGAACUUCGACUAUAUUGAACGACAGAAAUGAAUCCAGCGUCCUUCAACAGCAAAUGACCGCACUGGGGCGGCGCAAGGGCAAUGUGCUUCUGGGUGUCUUCCAAAAAUACUUGACAGGUCAUUCCAAGGGUGCUGCCGGUGCAUGGAUGGUCAACGGGGCGUUGCAAAUGUUGGAUUCGGGCUUAGUGCCAGGCAAUCGCAAUGCCGAUAAUAUCGAUUCAGCGCUGCAGGAAUUUGAUCUCAUUGCCUACCUAAGUCGGCCAGUGCGCGUGCCUGAUCUCAAGGCUGUGUCGAUCACGUCGUUCGGCUUUGGGCAGAAAGGCGCGCAGGCCAUCUGCGUGCAUCCCCGGCAUGUAUUUGCCACUUUGACGCGACAAGAGUAUGAGGCGUAUCUUGCUCUUCGCAUGGCUCGCCAGCGGCGUGCUGAUACAUAUUUCUAUGAGGGGAUGAGCUCUAACUCAUUGUUCCGAGCCAAAACAGCUCCCCCAUUUCCGGUCUCUCAAGAGAAGGAGACGUACCUCAACCCCUCCGCUCGCUUGUUCUGUUGA